GAAUUUUGAAUUAUGAACUGGUUUGGAAUGUGUACAGGUUUCUCGAAAUAUGUUUUCCUGUGCACAGGAUUACCCGUUUACGUCACCACGCAGACAAAUUAUAGAUACACAUUUUGGUAUUUAUGGAGGAUGAUGCUAAUUAUCACUUUUAAUGCUAAUCUGAUUCAUCAUACUUAUCGGAUGAUUAGAAUAUCAGAUAUGUUUGACAAUUUCUACUCAUUUAUAGAAGUUUUGAUAACUGCCGUUAUAGCUGAUUCUCUGAUAGAAAAAUUUAACGAUAUUUUGCGUUUGCAACAACUGUUCAUUGAAGAUUUAAUUUCUGGCAAAUAUAAAAUUAAAACAUCCGACAGACGAAAAUUGUGCCAUUUAUGGUUCGUCAUUUAUAUCGUGCUUCUACUGUGUAUAAUUAUGCUGAUUGAAGCAGUUUUGAAUUUUGAUAAAGUAACAGAAUAUAUUUUUCAUUCACAUAUUGCUAAUAUAACGUACAUCUCUGUUUUGGCUUUAACAAGUUGGAUCAUAUCAGCCAGUAAUACUAUGUUUUACUGCACAUUCUGCUUGCAUCUGAAAUCAAUGUUUCGGACAUUGAACAGUAAUGCAAAAAAAUUGAGAAGAAACUUCAAAUUCAAAAGGUGCUGUAUGCGCGCAAAACUGACAAGACAUAUUAAAUUAAUAAGAAAAUUGCAAAAAUUUUCCCUGCAUAAAGAUAUCUCUAUUAAUUACCGUUUCGAAUUGCACAAGUGCAAACUUCGUUCAGAAAGUCAUUAUGCUAAUCAGAAUAUUCGUAAUAAGAAUAAAUUUUUACAUGUAAAUUUUAAACCAUCAGAUAAAAAAUGGAAAACAAGAUUCGUGUCAAUUUUCGAGACCUUUUUACAUAGUAGCAUAAAGGUACAGUCAAGAAAUAUUUCCUCCAAGAGUAAACUAUUGGGUACAAACGUUUUAGAUAGAUCCGCGCUAAACUGUGUUCAUAGAUUUAACAGAUAUCCUGACAGACAUUCAGAUCCAAAAUACAGAAAUUUAAAAAAUAAUCUCUCAGCUCAUCAUACACUGGCUCACAAGAUUCAAAACUUGCACAAAAGGUUUCUAAAAAUUGAAGAAUUGGUGAGAAAAACAAAUGAUAUAUUUUCUCUGCAGGUUCUUGUGAUAAUUCUUUGUUCUUUUGCCCGAACUUGUUGGUACUUUUUUUUCUAUUUGACUUCCAAAUGGACGGAUAUAGAUCCUUCUGCGAAGGUAGGAAUUGUCAUACAAAUAAUUUUCGAUUUUACCAUUUUCGGAUUAAUUGUCUUAUCAGCUUCCGUUGUUUCUGAAGAAGCGAACCAGUUCGCUCCCAUAAUCAAAAGAUUAUGCAAGAAUUUCAGAUGCAUUGAUUUGAAAGCUUACGUGCAAAGUGAAAUUGCAUGUACGGCGGUUUAUGCUACAAAUGUAGAACUUACAGCUUGGAAGCUUUUUAGUGUAUCGCGAAAUUUCGGGCUGACAUUCAUAGGUGUAACUGUUACUUAUGUAUUGGUGAUUUUUCAAUUGCAUCAAGUGGUAACAGAUAGCAAUAAAUGUGGAUGAGAAAACAUUUUCAACCUUACGUCUGUUUGCAAAAUGCUUCUUAACAAUGAAUUCUUAAUCCAAAUUAAAGUUUUUU